AUGACUACCGGUACUAUUCCAUAUAAAAUCGAAAAACCUUUCAGAAUCGCCAUUAUUGGUUCUGGUAAUUGGGGAGAAAAACCUGAAAUAUUCGAAAAGAAUGUUCAAAUGUGGGUAUUUGAAGAAGAACUUGAUGGUAAAAAAUUAACUGAAAUUAUAAAUACUGAACAUGAAAAUGUUAAAUAUUUACAAGGUGUUAAAUUACCUGAAAAUUUAAUUGCUAAUCCUGAUUUAGUUUCAACCGUUAAAGAUGCUGAUUUAAUUGUCUUUAAUGUUCCUCAUCAAUUCUUACCAAAUAUUUGUAAACAAUUAGAUGGUCACGUUUCAAAAGACGUUAGAGCAAUCUCAUGUCUUAAAGGUUUACAUGUCGGAGCUCAUGGUUGUAAAUUAUUAUCUCAAUCCAUUACUGAUACUUUAGGAAUGUAUUGUGGUGUUUUAUCAGGGGCUAAUAUUGCUGAUGAAGUGGCCAGAGAAAGAUGGUCUGAAACUUCAAUUGCUUAUUUAAAACCAGCUGAUUUCAGAGGUGAAGGUAAAGAUAUCGAUAGUUUUAUCUUAAGACAAGCUUUCCAUAGACCUUAUUUCCAUGUCGCUGUCAUUAAAGAUGUGGUGGGUGCUUCUAUUGCUGGAGCUUUAAAAAAUGUCGUUGCUUGUGCCGUAGGUUUCGUUGAUGGUGCAGGUUGGGGUUCAAAUGCUCGUGCUGCAAUCAUGAGAAUUGGUAUUAAAGAAAUCAUUCAUUUUGCUUCUUAUUGGGAAAAAUUCGGUAUUAAAGGUGAAGCUCCUCCAAGACAUUCCACUUUUACUGAAGAAAGUGCUGGUGUGGCUGAUUUAAUCACCACUUGCUCCGGAGGUAGAAAUGCUAAAGUUGCCAGAUAUAUGAUAAAACAUAAUGUUGGUGCUUUUGAAGCUGAAAAAGUGUUAUUAAAUGGCCAAAGUUCUCAAGGUAUAUUAACUGCUAAAGAAGUGCAUAAAUUAUUAGUUCAUUUCGAUUUAGUUCAUGAAUUCCCAUUAUUCGAAGCUACUUAUCAAGUAAUCUAUGAAGGGGCCAGCGUUGAUGAUUUCCCUGCUUUAUUAUCAAAGAGUUAAAUCAAUCACUGGUGAUAUUUUAUCUUUUGUACAAUACAGUUUGUGUUCUUUUUCUCUCUUAAAAAUAGUCACUAUUUUUUUUUACUAAUUUAAUAAUUGUUACACUUACAAACUCUUUUAAGGUAUAUACUAAUAGAAAUACAUAAUUAAUAAAUUCAAAAUCAUUUAUUCAAAA